AUGAAGGCAUUAAUUCUCACCCUCCUCUUCCUCUUCAUUGCAGCCAAUGAAGCCAAAGUAUACACCAAAUGUGAACUGGCUUCAAUUCUGAAACGAAAUGGCAUGGAUGGAUAUUAUGGCUACAGUUUGGGCAACUGGAUCUGUUUGGCUUAUUACGAGACCAACUACAACAGCGGACUUGUGGGCGAACCAAACUGGGAUGGCAGUCGUAACUAUGGGAUUUUCCAGAUAAACAGCCGUUGGUGGUGCAACAAUUAUCAGGGCCAUACAGCUAACCACUGUAAAAAGUCUUGCAGUGCUUUCACAAAUGAUGACAUCACAGAUGAUAUUGCUUGUGCUAAGAGAAUUGUACGUGAGCCCCAAGGGAUGGAUGCCUGGUUUGCCUGGAAAAACCACUGCAAAGGAACAAACCUGUCAGAAUGGACCUGGGGCUGCGGGCUCUGAAUGUGAUGAUCCUUUAUUUCUCUUUCUCCUCCUAUCAUGAACACAAUAUUAUUCUUUAUAUAACCACACUGAGCAGUUUGAUUUGAUGCCUACACUCCACAU